AUGGAACCUCGUGCACGCGCCGGCAAGAAUGUGGGCAAGGAGACGUUUCCUGCCAAAGAUCUUGCUGCCUUGAUGUACGCUUACGGCGACGUCGCGAACCCCCUCCCCGAGACAGUACGUGUGAUGGACGAGAUCAUGACCGAGUUUCUGGAGGGGAUCUGCUUUGAGGCGAGUCGGCAUGCUAGCGUCGCUGGCCGUCAGAAGCUGAAGUUUGACGACUUUGAAUUCUCUCUACGCCGCCAGCCCGAAUACCUCGGUAGGAUUCGCUCCAUGUUUGAGAAGCGUAAAGAGAUCACCAAGAUGCGCAAAACCUUUGGCGGCGACGACGACGCUGUGCUGCAGAACCAAGGCAAGGACGAUGGUGCUACAGGCAUUGGCGGCGGCAGUAGUGGUGCAGCCGGCUCAAACAAGAAGCGGGCGGCUGCCGACGAGGAGGAACUAUUCGACGAUAUCGACGACGACGAGGAUAUCCUCGAGGCCAGCCAGCAAACCAAGAAGAGAAAGGUCGGCUAG